UUCCGUGACAAUCUUUCUUAGCUAGAUCAGUGCCUCAUUUUUCUUUCAGUUUUCCUGCUUCUUCUCUUCUUCAACUGGUUUUGAGAUUGCCAUUUUCUUAUCUUGUUUAGUUUAGCUUGUUUGGUUGAGAGGAAUUAAUUAUUUUGUAUAAAACAAUGAAGGAGAGUGUAGGAAACCCUUUGCGUCUUCAAUCUGUGAAUCAUAUCUCCCUCAUAUGCAGAUCAGUGGAACAAUCAAUGGAUUUCUAUCAGAACGUUCUUGGAUUUUACCCCAUCAGGAGGCCUGGCUCUUUAGAUUUUGAUGGGGCAUGGCUAUUCGGCUACGGAAUUGGAAUUCAUUUGCUAGAAGCAGAGAACCCUGAAAAGUUGCCAAAGAAGAAGGAAAUUAAUCCAAAGGAUAAUCAUAUAUCUUUCCAGUGUGAGAGCAUGGUUGCAGUGGAGAAGAAGCUGAAAGAAAUGGAAAUUGACUAUGUGCGAGCAACGGUGGAGGAAGGUGGAAUCCAAGUGGAUCAACUGUUUUUCCACGACCCUGAUGGGUUCAUGAUCGAGAUAUGCAACUGUGAUAGCCUCCCUGUGAUUCCCUUAGUUGGUGAGGUGGCAAGAUCAUGUUCCCUUGUGAAUCUUGAGAAGAUGCAGAAUCAGCAGCAGAUACAGAAAAUGCUCCAGCAACUUUGAUGAGCCUUUUCUGUUAUGUUAUGUGAUCAGAGCAUCCUCACGGAUCACGAGGACUUGUUGCUUUUUUUUUUAUGUGGUUGAGUUGUCAAUGUGUCAUUCUGUUCCUUUUGUUUUGUUUUCUUUAAUUGUGUUAUAUAAUAAUAAACAAUCUGCCAAAUAGAUCAGCGCUUUUGCAACCAUUGAUUAGAGUGUUUCAUAGUGGAGUUUGCUUUGCUGCUCUCUCUUUUUAAUUUAAUAUGACUUCUGGUAAAGUACUUCUUUUAGUCA